CCCCUCCGCAGCGCCCCCCCGCCCCGAAGCGCGGCCGCGGCCGCUCCGCGCCUGGCAGCGGAGGGGGGAGGGUGCGGUAACCAGGGUCACGCGCGGGCGGGGAGGGCGGCCCUGUAGCGCCGCUCGGCUCCGCGGCCCGGCCCCGGCCGCAAAGCCGCCCCCUCCUCGCCCCGGCCCCGGCCGCGAAGCCGCCCCCGCCCCGGCCUCGCCGCGGCAUGUAGCCCGGCCGGGCGCUGCCAGCGAGGCGCCGCGGCCCCCCCCACCCCGUCCCUCAAUGCCCCCGCAGUGAGGCCGGGAGCUGGGCGAGCCGGCGCUGCGCGCGCUGCCGGCCACCAUGGGGAAAUCCAACAGCAAGUUGAAGCCUGAAGUCGUGGAGGAGCUGACCAGGAAAACGUACUUUACGGAGAAGGAGGUGCAGCAGUGGUACAAGGGCUUUAUCAAGGACUGCCCCAGCGGGCAGCUCGAUGCCGCUGGCUUUCAGAAGAUCUAUAAGCAGUUCUUCCCUUUCGGUGACCCAACCAAAUUUGCCACCUUUGUUUUCAAUGUCUUCGACGAGAACAAAGAUGGGAGGAUCGAGUUUUCGGAGUUCAUCCAGGCGCUGUCGGUCACCUCCCGGGGGACACUGGAUGAGAAGCUGAGGUGGGCAUUUAAGCUGUACGACUUGGACAACGAUGGGUACAUCACUAGGAACGAGAUGCUGGACAUUGUGGAUGCGAUUUACCAGAUGGUGGGAAACACAGUGGAGCUUCCCGAGGAGGAGAACACACCAGAGAAGAGGGUGGAUCGGAUUUUUGCCAUGAUGGACAAGAAUGCAGAUGGGAAGCUGACACUGCAGGAGUUUCAGGAAGGCUCCAAGGCUGACCCCUCCAUCGUGCAGGCGCUCUCCCUCUAUGACGGACUUGUAUAGUCCUGGGGCCAAGCGGUGCUUUGCCCCUUCCAGCUGCCCCAGUGCUGCGCGAGAUGGCUGCAGGGCUUUCUGCCCAUCCUUCUCACCUGAUUUUCCUUCUCCCAACCCGAUCCUGCAGAUGCCUGGGGGAAGACACUCUCUGUGCCAUGUGACCACUGCUGCGUGAAGCUUACCUGUCCCUCUUGGCCUUCCUUUCUGUUCUGCAAACAAAGGAUGCCCUUGAAAUGUGAGCUCACUCCCCCUCUCUGCACUCUGAACCAGCCGCUGCCAUUUGCCGACUUCUGCUUUUUCGAAGAAAUACCCCACAGCAGACCCCAGUCUGAGCAGCAGCAAAUGCCCAAGACUUCAGGGUUGGGGGAACAGGUUGAGCAUCACUGAAGGCAGAGCCCCCCUGGCCUCCUCACCUCCUAUGCUCCCUCUUUCCUACAUUUUCGGAUGGGACUGCAGAUGCGCCAGCACCAGCGUGGUCCUCUCCUAAGAACUGGCCAGCUGGAGAUGGAACCCAAAGGUACCGGGGGGCCGCGCACCCCGGGGUGCUGCCUGCGUGGGGCAGCUGGGGAGCCGGGGCACUGACAGCAAUUGGAAACACAAUCCUGGCGUCACCUGUGAUGCUGCUGGCAGCCCAGCCCGGCUCACUAGGGAGAUAUAUAUAUAUAUGGUUAUAUAUAUAUAUAUAUAUAUAUAUAUAUUUCUUUUUUGUGGUGAGACAGUAGUGAGGCUUUUUUUAAUAUGCCUGUCUCGACGAUUGAUAUCCUUAUUUAUUUGUUGUAAAUGUUGUUGCUGUGUUUAGUCUUUCAUGUGUGUGUCUGACCACCUAGGUGAUGAUCUGUAAGGUUUACAUGCUCAUACGCCAUUGCGGGGCACUGGGAGCCUGCAAUAACAAUGAAGCCAAAAAUCUGCCUUCCUCCCUCUCCUCUCACCCCCCAUAUCCUGAGCUCUGUGGGCUGGCUGCUGUUUUAAGGGGAUGCUGUAGCUUCUUUUCCUCCUCCCGUUCCCAUGUUCCCUGCAUUUUUCUGUUCACCCUUCUCUUUGCAAGCUCAGCGAGGGCUCACUCAGCUCAGGCUCCAAGCAGACUGAGCCCAGAUCAUCCCUCAGUUGGGCAGGGCAAGGAAACUGCUGGCCACCAGGAUAUUGCUAUUUCCUCUUUUUUUUUUUUUUUUAUUUUCUCACUGCAUGAAAAAGUAUUAGUGGAGCUGAGAGUUGGGUUUUGCUUUCAAGGGGAUUCCUUGAUUAUUUUCUGUUUUGCAAAUGGUGGGAAGGUCUGUUUGCACCCUAGGCUGGUGGCUGUGAAUUAGCCCAUGUGCCGGUGGGGCUUGGGGAGCAGAAGGGAUGCUCAUGGGGAUGGCUUGCUCCGUGCCCACCAUCGCGGCUGGGGCAAUGUGGCAGCUCCUGCCUCGGGGGUCCCAGCCUGGGAGACAUGCAACUAGGAGUGUCUCCUUAUCCCCUUCUUCCUUGUUUAGGACGUGGGAGGUUUUGCUGUAAACAAAGGGCAUGGCCCCAAAACGGAGCCACUUGUGCCUGCCCUGGGGGAGGUGUAGGGCUGGGGAAACACGCCUGGAGACACCUGAGUGUGGCGCUUGGAAACAGCCACCCAGGCACAAGAGCUGCCUUUGUGGCCUCUCCAUCACCAACUGCCACUCCGGGAUGUGCCCAAGUAGGGCUCAGCUGUACUGCAGCACUGCAGGACACUGUUGGCAUCUCCACCGAAGGAUGAGCAUUACGUGGAUGCUGCUGCAGCUCCGUUCCCAUCUGCCUUGGCCUCUGUCCUGGGGAAGGAGAGAUUUGCAUCUCCUCAGGAGCAAAGUGCAGGAUGUCUGUGGGACCCUUGAAGCCAGCCAGGGUACAAACCCCUCCUGCUCCAUCAUGGUUUGUUCCUGGCCCAGCAGCACCAAUGUGGCUCUCCCACCCCCCCGGGGGCUCACCCAUCCACCGCCGAUCUGGGUGGUGGUAGUGGCAUCUUUCUGCCCCACUGUCUGCAGCUCCUGUGGCUGGAGCCCAGGCAGGGGACUGUCCCCAUGGUGGUGGGAGGUGACAUCUGGACAUGGAGGAUGUUCUCACAGAUGUCCCACAGUGCAGGAGACAUAGACGGUGCCCCAACGGGGUCUGAAUCCUCCUGGUGUGGCAGGGACAGAGUCUGCAGCCAAGCAGUGCUUGUCCUUUGCUGUGCAAGCCCUGCUCCCCUGUUUUGGGGCCAUGUGUUGGUGGUACUUUCUGAUGCCCAUAAAAUAACCACCCUUCCCCAUCCCCAAGGAGACUAACCUGACAUUCACAUGCAAUAUUUCUGCCUCUUCUGUGGUUUCUUGCCCCCAAGGGUGCCUGUGUUUUAUUGUGGGGGGCUCCUGAGUGGUGUCACCUUGCUCCCUUCUUUGCAAACUCCUUUUUCUUGAUGGCCUUUGUGGUCAAAACACAACUUUCUUGGGUAGAUCUUUGCAGUGCCUCCAACUUCUCUAACUCUCAUCUGCCAGAUUAGUCCCUUCCCAGUGCCAAUUGAUGUUCCCAAUGAAUGUGACUGCUAUAAUUGCCUCCACUGAUAAAUGAUGGAUGCUGUGACAUUUGACAUAAUUCCCAGGAAAAGACAAACCUCAUUUGCUCUGACACUUUCCCCUGAAAGGCUUUUAAUUUCUGGAGGACUUGUCAUGCUUUGAGCCCCAUCAGUGCUUGCUGAUGUCUCACUGGGGAGGCAGCCCUGCAAGGGCAGUGUGUGCGCAGCCCCUUGUCGUGGAUGGGGUGAGGGACCAGCAUUGGCUUAGAAGAGCUUCAGACCCCAGAAAUACCAAAAUUCAGUGUCCACUGGGCUAGUGCUGCCCUUUCUGCCAGCAACAUCCUGCUGCCGCUGCCGCUGGUGGGCACAGGGAAUGGAGCCCAAUGCCUCAUUCUCCCUUGCCCCUUAUUAAAUAUUUGCACAUCAGAAAAAAAAAGGCAAAAAGGUUUUUGUCUGUGUUCAAAAGCUCAGUGUUGGCUGUUGGUUUGGUGGCAAUGAUGAGUUUUCCUGGGCAGUGGCCCCUUCUGCAGGAUUGGGGCUGGCUCUUGUCCUAGGUCCUGGCUCCAGACCCGUGGUGGGUCCCAGCAUGGGGUUUGUCCUGCCCUGGUCUUGGCAUGCUGAGUGUCCCUGAGCAGAUCAUUUUGGCCCCAGUACUUCCCCUUGGCUGUGGAUUUGGGACCCUGACUUGGAUGCUUAUAGCUUGCCUUUGGGGAGCACCGAGGGCCUCCAACCCCUGAAUAUCACCAGAAUCUGCAGAUUCUCUGUACCGCUGAAAAUAAGGCUUGAAGCAUCUCACGCUUGGAAAUGUUGGCCUUAACCACCUCGUGCCUCAGUUUCCCCAUCAGUAAAAUGGCCUGGGUGACCCAUCCCCUCUCCAGAAAGUGAUUCGAUGCUUGUGCCCAGGGGAGCAUGAGUGCUGGAUACAGCUCGCAGCUGUGACCAUGAGGGUUUGGCAGGACCCGCUGAAUGUCAGGCAUGUGGAGAACACUGGGAGUGGUGCAUGAACUGCUGUGUCAGAAUUUACAUCAGUGAGUAAUUCAUUUUGGUCUUCUUUUUACAUCUGCUCAUUAUUAAAAGCAGACAGCUGACAAGACCUGGUUUGUUUCCGUUUAUGCUUGGGGUUCCUGAUGCCUGGCUGAAAUAAAGCUGGCUGCAGCACUGGCAAUGGGAGGGGGACCUGAAGCACAGCCAGGCAAAGGCGAGGGUCUGGCCCCAGCAAUUGCAGCGUGUCUGCGCCCCCCCCGCCACCCCCCCAGUCUGUCCACACCAGUGUUGCCCCAUUAAAAUGCUGUGUCUAUACUUCCUUUUGAUUUUUCUGUUUGUGUGCUGACUGUUGCUGUUUUGUAACCAUCUUUCCUUGAGCUCUGGGGCUGGGCUGAGCUCUUUUCCCUGGAGAGCAAGGACAUGGGAGAAGGCUCUGGGGGCAGAUGCCCCUCACCCUCUCAUCACGCCACGAACCAGAACCUGAGAGAGAGAAGCUAAGUAGGUUUUUCCUCCAGAGCAGCCCUUUAAUUGCUGCAUUUUGUAAUGAGACCGGGUGGCCCCUGGGAGUACUCCUCACUGCAUUCACGGCAGGGGGUGUUUGCUUAUGGGGGACCCCAGAUCCUGUUUGUGCCUGGUACUGGCUGCAUGUCAGCUGGCCUCACAGAACUGGGUACCUGUCAGUGCACACCUCCCAUGCUAUUGAGACACUGCAUCCCAGCUGGAUGGGAGGGCCUGAGGCUGUGGGACCCCAGUCCCAGAGCCACUGCUCCCCCCGAGCAUGCAGGGAUGCAAGUAAAAGGCUGCCAUGGGGCUGUGCUAACCCAGGGGGUGGGAGUGUCUCCAGUUCUGGGGCCGAACCCUGCUUGGAGCAGGGCUGGCUGUGAAGCAGGGCCAAGCGUGGCAUGGGGACAGCCGAAAUUGCUGGCAGUGUCCCUCUUGCCCUAUAUUUAGGGUCAGGGGAUUUGGUUGGAUGGAGUGGGUGGGUGACCCACAGCCAGCUUGCUGUCCCAGCAUCGACAGCCCUGAGGUAAAGGGGGAGAUCUGAGGCAUUUUGGGAGGGCAUCAGCCACCCCUCCUUCAUGGGGGCAUUGGAGGGGAAGGGUCUGGCCGGAGUGGUGGCUGGCAGGGCUGGAGUGAGGGCUGGGGGCAAAGGAGGGAGCCGAUGGCCCUGGUCUCGGUGCCCAGCUUGGGGUGUCUCCUUGCAGUGCAGUUUUGGGGUCACAGUUACACAUACCAGUUCUGACUGUUCCAGUGGUGCUGCAGGAAAGCCGUCCUUCCCUUUCUUUCUGCUCCUGCAGCCGCCAGCCCAGGUUGAGUGCUGUGUCCCCCGGGACCCCUUCCUGGGGGGCAGCCAAGACCCCAGCUGAGAAACAGCAGCUCCAGCAAAGAGCCUUGUUUGUAAAGAUGAACCCUGUUUCUGUGUCCGUGCCAGUGUCUCAGUUUGCAUGCCCUGCUGCCUUGUCUUGAGAUGAAUGCAAGAGCAAACCAAGCAAAUGCAACAGUUUAAAAACAAAAGAAAUCAAAACAAAACCCAGGAACUUUGUGACAGUGGAAAUAAAAGCUUAAUGACAGUAAUGAA